AUGGCCACUCUCGACUCCCUCAAGUCGGCCCUUAGGCAGGAAGCCACGGCAACGGCGUCAUUCCCGAUGCAGCCGUUAUCCGACACACAGUACAGCGAUGGCUUCCAUAUCUUGAUACAGGGCUCAGGAAGGACAACAUACCAAGACAUCAUCAUCCCUCGGCUAUCUCAAGUGCUAAGCCCUCUCUUCAACUCGGCGUCUCCAUGUCUCUGUGCUAGAAAUUGGGCCCGGCCCGAAGAGCGUAUUUGGAUACCUGCCCGGCCACCUGAGACGGAAGGAAGCGGCACCGGUGCUGGUAUGAGUGGUAGCGACGAAAAAUUCGACGUCAUCCUAUUCUGCCACACCAUGUACGGCAUGAAGCCCAAAUCCACAUUCAUCGAACAGGUGCUGGAAAUGCUUGUUGAGCGGCCCGAAGGCGGAAUGGUGGUGGUUUUCCAUCGUGAAAGGACCCUGCACCUCAAUGUACUGGACUGCUUUGCUCCCUUCGUCACGGGGUUUGUCACGCAGGAUGUGGAGGCGGAUAAGGCUAUUCAAGUUGAGUGGCAGAACGUCGCCGACAUCUUGGUGGCAGCCGUUGAGACUCAUCCCUCGCCACUCUGUUAUCUUCAUCUACUGCAAGGUGGAGGAGCGGUCAGCGACGUCGCGGCCGAUGCCACUGCUUUCGGCUGUCGAGACUGGGACUUUGCCUGCGUGGUGACUAGUGUCUGGCCCCGCGACCAAGAUAAAACUAAAGUCGCUCGAGGUGCCGUGCGCGGAGUUUAUGGCGCAGACCUCGGGCCGGACCCGAGAGACACCGCGCUAGCGGCCAAGGCUUUUGGACCGAACCGGCCGCGCCUAGCCGGUCUUAAGCAAAGCUAUGACCCGCGCAAUGUGCUGGCUUACGCCUGCCCGCUACCGAAACCGCCAAUGGAACAGAAGCUCAUCAUUCUUGUCACGGGCGAAAGCUGCGCUGGUAAGGAUUAUUACGCCGACAUCUGGGUCUCUGUGUUCAUCACCUGCACCCAUAAAAGCCUCACAGCGCGCGCAGGCCAGGUACGGCAUCGACCUUGGCUGCUCGAGGAGCAUUUCCUGAACGUGGUGUACGGUGCUGCAUAUGUGGAUGUGCUGCUAAUCACUGGGAUGAGAGAUGAGGCGCCGGUCACAGCCUUGUCGCAUUUGGUGCCAGAUAGCAGACUGAUUGAGGUUCGCGUCAAAGCUAGCGAAGAGACGCGGCGGGUGCGCCGAGGGUGCCAGGGUGUUGAUGACGAUGGUGACAACAACGAGGAUAAGGACAACAAUAAUGGCAGGUCGAAUCUGACGGCCUUGGACUACCGCCCUAGUCUCAUCUUUGACAAUGACGCGACCGGAAGCCAGGCGGCAAAAAGGUUUGCCGAACACUACCUGCUUGCCUUUUUUCAUGAGGACCUUCAAAGACUGGCCAACAUGGUGCGCCCGGUACCCAAUUUCCCACGCCCAGGCAUCGAGUUCCGCCACGUGCUCGACAUCUCCUAUGGUGACUGGGCCAAAGUUAAUGUGGUAGCGUGUUCUGAGGCCGGCGGCUUUGUCUAUGCGGCGGCGUUGGCCUUGCGGGUUGAUGUCCCCUUGGCGUUUAUUCGCGAAGCCGGCAAGCUCCCCCAAGCCAUCAUUUCUGUCCUCAAGUCUACAUCGCAUUAUAAAACUCUCUUUCUACAGGUGGUAGUGGUACGCAAAGGCCUUCAAACACUGCUUAGUCCCAACCUACCUAUAGUGCUUUAUAAUGAUAUUGGGAUUCUGUUCAUUUAUGAGUGA